ACCAAAACCCUGCAUCAUCAAUUUCUCCGGCAAUCCUCAUUAACCGACCGUGACUCACGUUGCACUGCACCUUAGAGAGGUCAACUCGCCUUCACGGCUCACCAGACAAGUUUUCCACACACUCGACGCUCAGCCCACCAUGGAGCACAUCAAGAAGACGUUUGCACAAUGCAAGAAGGAGGGCAGGUCGGCCCUCGUCACCUACGUGACAGCUGGAUACCCUACUGCCCAGGAGACGCCCGACAUCAUGCUGGGCAUGGAGGCUGGUGGCGCAGACAUCAUCGAGCUGGGAAUGCCCUUCACCGACCCCAUCGCCGACGGCCCCACGAUCCAGACCGCGAAUACGCAGGCCCUGAAGAAUGGCGUCAACACCGGCGAUGUUCUCCAGAUGAUCCGUGAUGCGAGGAAGCGCGGCCUCAAGGCCCCCGUUAUGCUCAUGGGAUACUACAACCCUCUCCUCAGCUACGGCGAGGAGAAGAUGCUCCAGGACGCAAAGGAGGCUGGUGCGAACGGAUUCAUCAUGGUCGACCUGCCGCCCGAGGAGGCUCUGCGCUUCAGGAACUUCUGCCGUAACUAUGGCCUGUCCUAUGUUCCUCUGAUCGCACCUGCUACUUCCGAGCACCGUAUGCGUGUCCUUUGUCAGAUUGCCGAUUCGUUCAUUUACGUCGUCUCCCGCAUGGGCGUCACCGGUGCUUCCGGAACCAUGAACGCUGCUCUCCCCCAGCUCUUGGAGCGCGUCCACAAAUACUCCGGCAACAAGCCCGCUGCCGUUGGUUUCGGUGUCAGUACCAGGGAUCACUUCCUGAGCGUUGGCCAAAUCGCCGAGGGCGUCGUUAUCGGCAGCCAGAUCAUCAACGAGAUUGCCAAGUCUGAGCCCGGAACUGGCGCAAAGGCUGUCGAGGCUUACUGCGACAAGAUUUGCGGCAAGAGCAGCCGUGCGACGACUCGCGAAGUUGGCAUUGUUGAGGCCAUCGACGGCGCCAAGGAGCCCACUGGUGUCCACGUCGACAAGGUCAUCACCGAUGCUGACACCCCCGAUGGUCCCGGACUCGCGGAUCAGCUGGAGCAACUGAACACUGGCAGCGACGGCUUUGAUGAGGAGCACGCGCUUCCACCCCGCUUCGGCGAAUUCGGCGGUCAAUACGUGCCCGAGUCGCUCAUGGACUGUCUUUCUGAGCUCGAAAAAGGCUUCAAUGCGGCAAUCGAAGACCCCAAGUUUUGGGAAGAGUACAGAUCGUACUAUGAUUACAUGGGUCGUCCUGGACAUCUGCAUCUUGCAGAGCGCCUCACGGAGCACGCCGGAGGUGCGAACAUCUGGUUGAAGCGCGAGGACCUGAAUCACACCGGAAGUCACAAGAUCAACAACGCGCUUGGUCAGGUAUUGGUUGCCAGACGACUUGGAAAGACCGAGAUUAUUGCCGAGACUGGUGCCGGUCAGCAUGGUGUCGCGACUGCCACCGUGUGCGCCAAGUUCAACAUGAAGUGCACCAUCUAUAUGGGUGCUGAGGACGUCAGACGCCAGGCUCUUAACGUUUUCCGCAUCAAGCUGCUUGGUGCCUCCGUUGUUGCUGUCGAGGCUGGUUCUCAGACCCUUCGUGAUGCGGUCAACGAGGCCAUGCGCGCCUGGGUCGUCAACCUCGACACCACCCACUACAUCAUUGGAUCUGCCAUUGGACCUCAUCCCUUCCCCACCAUCGUUCGUACUUUCCAGUCGAUCAUUGGUAACGAGACCAAGCAGCAGAUGCAGGAGAAGCGCGGCAAACUCCCUGAUGCGGUUGUUGCAUGUGUUGGUGGUGGUUCCAACGCUGUUGGCAUGUUCUACCCCUUCGCUAAUGACCCAUCAGUUAAGCUUCUUGGUGUUGAGGCUGGUGGUGACGGUAUCGACACCAACCGCCACAGCGCUACCUUGUCUGGAGGGACCAAGGGUGUGCUUCACGGUGUCCGCACCUACAUUCUCCAGGACAAGCACGGACAAGUCAGCGAAACUCACUCUGUCUCUGCUGGUCUUGACUACCCCGGUGUUGGCCCUGAGCUGGCUAGCUGGAAGGAUAACGAUCGUGCCAAGUACAUCGCUGCUACUGACGCUGAGGCUUUCAUUGGUUUCCGCCUUGCUUCUCAAUUGGAGGGUAUCAUCCCUGCACUUGAGACUGCUCACGCUAUCUUCGGUGCGAUUGAAUUGGCUAAGACUAUGAGGAAGGACCAGGAUAUCGUUAUUUGCGUCUCUGGUCGUGGUGACAAGGACGUACAGAGUGUUGCUGAAGAAUUGCCCAAGCUGGGUCCCAAGAUUGGUUGGGAUUUGAGGUUCUAAUCUCCGUGAUCCUCGCCUCAAGAGCUCACUACGGCAACCUGAUAGCUUGACAGCCGUUGCGCCAUAGCCACAUUCUCGGAUUACAGGCAGCAAUAAGAACUACACCUGUUUCUCCGAUACCCACUUUAACUUUGCCGUAGACUAUACUAUGCAAAUGCAGCUACAUUGAACCCUGA